GGAUAAUGUAAAAUGGCUGCCGUAUUUUGACAAAGUUAUCAUCUCCUUCACCUUGUUUGGUCAUGGUUGUUUGUCAAUAUUUCUUAAAGGGCGAGUGCCGAUUUGGAGAUAGUUGCCGUAAUGAACAUACUGCAGAAAAACGGAAAACAGUUUGCCAGCAUUUUUUGAAUGGUUAUUGUCGGUUUGGUGACAAAUGCAGGAAUGAACAUCCUUCUGGAAGAGCAAAUACUGGAUUCGGUCAACAGAAUUCAGGAUUCAGUGGAAGAAGUGGGCAAUGGGGCAAAUCUUAUCCAUCUAACCAGAACCGCUUUGAUGUUUUGUCCAGAGAAACUCAGCAUUCUAAAGGUGUGGAGGAUGAUAUGACACCAUCUCAAAUUCAAAGAACCAUACAAACUGAAUUGGCAAUAUGGGAAAAGAGUAAACAAUGGCCAUUGUCUUGUUUCACUUACAUAAAGGAAGAACCAUGCUUACCAGGUUUGCUGGACUUCUCUCCAGAAGAAAUUCGCCUUGAGGCAUACAAUGCAAAUGCUGAAGGGAAGGCUGGUAGCUAUCAACAAGGACUGAAAACUCUUAUCACUGCUAAUCAACAAAAGCGGCAGCAGUUAGGACGCAUGUCAGUCUCACAGAUUCAAGAAGAGAUAAAGAAGCAGCGCAGCCAUAAGGCAGCAGAGUCAAUGGAAGCAGGAUCAUCAAUGCUACAGACACAACCAGGGAUAGGUUUUAAUGGACAUAGUUCAUUUGGUCAGAUGAGUAGUUUUGCAACUAGUGGCCCUGUUUUUCAGUCGACUGGCUUCCCAUCUCCAGCAGCUACAUUGAACCAACCUAGUAACUUAUUCAGCACAAGUAAUUCUACCAAUCAAGUAAACCUGUUUGGACAGAGCAAUAUCCCAGCAAUGACUGGAAAUGUUUUUGGGAAUACUUUAAGUGCCAGCAAUCAGCAAACUGGAAUGACCAGUUUUCCUUUAACUGGCCAUUCCACGACUAUGUUUAGUACAAACUUAAGCCAAUCAGCCGCUUCAAAUACUGGCUUCUUUGGAGUAAAAACUGAAUCAAAACCUGGAGUGUUUGGUUCUGUACCUUCGCAGACAGUGACUGGGGUUUUUCCGAGUGAAUCCCAAGUACAGAAAGGCAAUGGAUCAAGCAGCUCAAUGAGAUCUACUCCAGAAGCCACCUCAUCAAUGGAACAGUCAACAACUGUACCUUUGAGUUGUAGUGAAGAAGAUAUGCAGGCCUUCAGGGCGGACAGUUUUGUGCUUGGAAAGAUACCUGAGUGUCCACCACCAUUAGAAUUAUGUUAACAGCUUUGAUCCUUGAAAGGCUGAGAUAUUCUUGGCAGCUAGUAUCUUGUAAAAUUUAGCUUGAAUUAUUCAUUUCUUCAUUUUCUAUUCCUGUCAAUCCGGCUUCACCUUCCUAAACCGUCGUUAACCGCUUUUGGUUCGCUAGCAUCUCUUUGGUGUUUUUCUACCCGGACUUUAUUGUUAUGUUGGGUUGCAGUGACGGUAAAACUAGCUGCAGACCUCAACACCCUUUUACGAAAGGCACCAAGGACUCUCGGUCUGUCUUUUGUCAGUGAAGGAGGUAAGUUUCUAAGAAAACUGUGGUGCUGCGUCGGUGGGAGAGUAACAAGUGAGUUGAAAACGUUAAUUGGUCACCGUGGAGUGAAAAGGCUGACGUUUCGAGCGUUAGCCCUUCGUCAGAGCGAUCCAACGAAGGGCUAACGCUCGAAACGUCAGCCUUUUCACUCAUUACGGUGGCGAAUUUAUGUUUUCAACUCAGUAGUUAACACUAGACUACCUGUCGUUUCUCAGUCCUUUUUAAUCUCUCUGUUCUCUAAUAUACAAUUCUACUUACAUCAAUUUUACUUCACUCUGACUGUAACUCUGAUUGAUCUCUCUCUGAUUCUAACUCUUUGAUUCUCACCGGCUGAAUCUCACUCUUUUACUUCUUACUAACCACUAUGUGAACUUUAAAGUACAUGCCUAUAUAUUCACUAUCGGUAUAGGCAUGAGUGGCCAUGCUAGCUGACUGACCUUGAAUAUUAAACAUUUGUUGUUAGAUCACUAACCCAAACACUUUUACAAGAAUCUCACAAAUGCACAACAAUGUAUACUGAAUGCUUCCGAUCAACUGAAUCCAUCUUUGACUGUGUCAGCUAAAACAAGAACUUUCGUGUGGAUCUAAAGCAAGAUCAGUAGACAAGCUAAGCACUUGUACUGAAGGAAGAUAGACAAGACAGUUAAUUUGGAAACUCGUAGCGAGAGCUUAAACCGAAAUAACUUCGGACUUUUAAUUCAUACAGUGACUACAUGCUAAAUAUUAACGAAUGACCAAAUUAUACUGAACUAACUAAGUACUUCAUAGCAGUCAGAACGGUUUCCCCUUAAAAACUCUUAAAAUAUUCAUUCCUUAUGAAGCGUGGAUCAGUUGCAUGAACACACACAAUAGUUUUGAUGGACAGAAUGGUAUUCGCUCGACAAUAUCUUCCGGCUUUCAUUGAAAUUUUCCUUGACAAUUAGAAUACAGAUCUGUCAAUGAGAAUCUGCAAAGCAGAAUCAUGGCAAAUGUAGAUAGAACAGAAACGAGAAUGUAAUCAGAGAAAUUCCAUUGAAAUUAUUUGUACCGAAUUAUAGAGGCCGGAAAGCAUUUUUGACUGAAAAGGAUCACUGAAAGAAAGUUUAACUAAGAACACUGCAUGGAUAAAUUUUUAUUUCUUCUUUCUGUUAUUCAUGUCUUGAACAAAUUUGCCGCCAUUAUGACCGUACUGUUCACGCUUGGCUGCCAUCUUGCGCCAGAUUCUAACCCUUUUAAGAAAUAAGAAAAGUAAACCACCCAUUUUAAGUAAGGAAUCCAUUGGUGUGGGUAUGUUAACGAUAAACCUACCCACACCGACAAAUACCUCGCUUUCGACUCUCACCAUUUUCAUCGAUAAAUAAUGAAAGAGAAUUUCAGCACAAAACAGAAUCUAAAUGCUGGCGGAAAGAUUGUUUCGACAAUGAUGCCAUGGAUGACUAUUGGCUGUUCUGAUAAAUGGCCAUCAACAAGUUUACUGAAAUGCUCAGAGGUAUGUUACAACGAGUUCCCUUUCGUUAACAGUCGAUAUAUCCAAAAAAAUCUAAAAUAACCAUUACAAGUUUGUUAAAUCACGACAUUUUUUUUCGAACAAUAA